AUGGCCUGGUUAACUAAAAUAAUUAUUAUAUUUAACCUUGUGCUACACAUUGAAUUGGCUCAACCGAUAAGGUAUAUUGAUGAAGGUGACACAUUUGAUGGCUUCAGCUCCAUAUUUCAAAAGCCGAAGAAGCAGCGAAGCUGGGACACGGAGGAGGAUCACGAUCCAGGUCGGGAUCAGUGGAAAAGCCACACCUACAUGAACCCACAAUCGGGCAUCUGUCCCGCCGAGAGUCCACACGAUGUGAGAUAUGAAAAGAAGAAUCGCUGCAAGGCGGCCAAGAAAAUCGUCAAGGAUGAGGACGAUGACGACGACGCCGAUCCCGCAGCCAACAGCGAUGACGAUGACUGCAGCGAUGGCUAUGAAGACAACGGUGAUGAUGAGCCCACUCAAGAGGACGGCAAGGAAAUCAGUCUAGACGACGAAGCUUUUGUGGCCAGGAUCAACUGCUUACUGGGAUCUCUGCACAAGCACACCAAAGCCAUGACCGAUAAUCUCAAGCUGCUUCAAUCCCGUUUGACCAAAAAAAAGGACAGCUCGUGCAGAAACAACAACCAGGGAAUCACGCCCAAGGAACAUCCAAGUGCGAAAUGGUCCAGGAAACCGGACUUCUAUGGCCAAAACGAGCCGUGUGGUGACGAGAGCUGUUACUCCGAGGAGAGCGCGGAAAACAAGGAUGUUCCGCCACAAGCUCUAACUGAGGAUCAUCGAGUGCUGGUUCCACCUCUCUUGCAACUCUUCCAUGGUCCUGUCCAGCUGCAAACCACACUGAACAGCGGGCAGGAUAUCACGGGAUCGAAGUCCAGGUAUUGGGUGCACUCACCGGAAUCUUCUGAGGAAUUUCAGGCUUCAUCGCAAGUGCAACCAGAGGAAAAAGCUCAGAAGCGAAUCCAGGAAUACGAGGCUAGAUUGCGACGCCUCAUGGACAACCGGGUUGAGAUCGAGCGGAAUGUGAUGAAGAUGAUGAAGUCAGAGAAGAAUAAAUAG